AUGCGCGCGACACAGAGACAGAGGGCCUUUGCCCCCAAGAAGCGUACUGGAUGCCUGACUUGUAAAAAGAGACAUAAGAAAUGUGAUGAAGAAAAGCCAAUUUGUCAACGAUGCAAGAAAGGCGGUUAUGUCUGCGACGGAUACGAGAAACAAGAGCUCACACAAGAUACUCCCAAACCUCGACCUCUUCCAUUACUUGUGGCAAAGCGAGCAAGCACACCCCAAAAAUGCUUGGUCCCAGGGAACGCCCUCGAGUCGAGUUAUUAUACUUAUUUCUUCUCCGAUAUAAUCGGCCAAUUCGAAAUUUCUCACUCAUUGAACAAAGGCUUUUGGAAAAAGACACUUCUGGCGCCUAGCCAAGACAAUCUUUGCAUCAAGCAUGCGGUCUUAGCCGUAGGCGCGACACAUUUGAGAUACUCCAGAGCCGGAGCUGGGCAGAUUUUACCAGCGUCUUUGGACAGGUUUAUCCUGACAAAUUACAAUGAGGCUAUAUCAAGGCUCGCAAAUACCCGAGAUAAUCCAGCGGACCUUGAGACGAUAUUAACGUGCUGUAUACUCUUCGUCAUCCUCGAAAGUCUUCGCGGGGACUUUGAAGAAGCAGUUCGACACCUCGAGUCAGGCAUAAAGAUUCUUGCGAAUCAUAAACCCAAAGUAUUCCUACCGAACAACGAACUCCAAGACCUCGCAACAAUCUUCCACGCCAUAAGCUCUCAAGUUGCAAUAUUUGCGGAAGAUCGCAUCUUCCCUGACGUAACACAUCUAUUGAUGCCGCCCAAGAAACAAAAGAGGAAAGCCAAUGGUGUGUUUCGGGAUCUGGAUGAGGCGGAAGAUGUCAUGAAUAAAUUCGACGAUGUGAUUAAUCAUAUCAGUUGGGAUCUGGAGCAAGAUUGGGACGAUGAAGAGUCAGAGUGUGUUACUCAAUGGGUCAAAUUGAGGCAAGAUGUGGCAACUUGGGAGGCACUUUUCAAUUGUCUCUUAGGCAGGAUCAGCGUGGAUGAAUCCAAAGAAAGAAUUCUCAAUCUACGCAUCCAGCAUAAACUAUGGGAAGUCCUCCUCGACGGGGAAUGCAACGAAGACCAAGCUGCCAUCACACCUCAAGACUGCAACACCCUUCUCGAUCAGGUGCAGCAACUAUGGUGCAAUCCCAGCCAUUCGCACUUUGGGCUGAAAAUCGACUUGACAGCUGCUCUGUAUCAGCUUUAUGUCUACUGCGAGGAUGAUGACGUUCGACAAAGAAUCAUCAAUAUGCUGAGGUCGCAGCGACGGAGGGAGAUUAUAUGGGAUAGUGGCGAGUUAGCGGACUUUUUGGAGAGGGAUAUGUGGCAGAGAGCUUUGGGGUUGCAAGAGGAGAGAUGGCCGGAUAUUGGACCUUCGAAAGAAGAGGGUGCUUUGCUGGUUUUUAGACCGAAGCAUUAG